CUAGGAACUGUAUUUGGGAAGGUAGCGUUGCCUGCCGGACUGUUUUGAUAGGUGCAUUAAGACAUGGCGCUGCACUGUGGAAAAACAUGCCGGCAGUAUUUAUUACAUUUAGCACACGACAAUGUGGACUUCAGAUUACCGGAGAUCAGAUCUUUGCUAUCACUUGUGGGUCGGCAGUGUGUUUCAACAGAAACCUUCAACGAGACGUCACCCUUUUGGCGCCUACAUGGUCUAUCAGAGGAUGACGUGAGGAGUGUUAUGGCAAGAACAGUUUGUGCCAAGUCUGCAUUUGAGCUUUGGGGUCAUGGAAGAACUGUCUCUGAGCUGAAGUCUUCAGUACUGGAGUAUCCCACAGAGCACAUGACACCUUUUCUUCAACAAAAAUCAACAUACAAGAUUAAUGUCUACACUUUCAACAAGACAUUACUGUUCACAGACAGAAUAGAGAAGAUAGACGCCUUGGACUUUCUCCCUUUUCAAGGUAAAGUCAAUCUGAAUGAUCCCGAACACAUUUUUUGCUUACUAGAAGACUAUGGACUGGAUCCCAACAAUAUUCCUGAUGAACCUUUCUGCAUGUAUUUCGGUAGAUUUAUUGCAGAUGGACAAAGGGAACUAAUUCGUUCCCACAGUGUGAAAAAGAGACACUUUAUUGGAAACACCAGCAUGGAUGCAGGCCUUUCCUUUAUAAUGGCCAACCAUGGCAAAGUAAAAGCUCAUGAUUUGGUGUAUGAUCCUUUUGUUGGAACAGGAAGUCUUCUUGUAGCAUGCUCUCAUUUUGGAGCUUAUGUGUGUGGGACAGACAUUGAUUAUAACACUAUACAUGGAGUAGGAAAAGCCAGCAGGAAGAAUCAGAAAUGGAGAGGCCCAGAUGAGAACAUCCGUGCGAACCUGCGGCAGUAUGGAACCGAGUGCUUUUAUGUUGAUGUCAUGGUAUCUGACGCCUCAAAACCUGUAUGGAGGGAAAGGACGCUGUUUGAUGCCAUCAUUACAGACCCUCCUUAUGGAAUUCGUGAAUCGACAAGAAAGACGGGUUCUCACAAAGAGGUCACAACUCCUCCUGAGAACUUUGCUGGAGAGAGUCACGUCCCUGUGACUAUGGAAUAUCAUCUAAGUGAUAUCUUUGCGGACCUCCUACGUUUUGCAGCUCAUCAUUUGGUCAUGGGUGGACGCCUGGUAUACUGGCUACCAGUUUACAGACCAGAGUAUUGUGAAGAGAUGGUGCCAUUUCACCCCUGCCUCACACUCAUUAGCAACUGUGAGCAGACUCUGUCCAGCCACACAUCCCGAAGGCUCAUUACUAUGGAGAAGACUAAGGAGCCAGAGAAGUCAGAUGCACUCGCACAGUUAGCAGACCCACGCUUCAGCCCGUACCAAGGCCAUAACUCCUUCAGGGAAAAGUACUUCAGCGGCAUCACCAAAAAGAAUGGAAAAGGCAAUGGAAAAGAACCGCAUCAAACGAAGGAGAACGAUGGAUGAAAUUGAAGAUUUUUUUUAUAUGAGCAUGUUUAUGCUACAAAUUUUAAUUUUUUUGUAAUUACAUUUUUACUACUUCUUUAAAACAUACAUUACUUUAAAAUGUGAUUUGAAUUAAAAAAGCAUGCCUCUUUCCUUUUUUUUCCAGAUUUUUUGAUGAGUCCUCUUUUAUAUCUCACCUCAGAUGAAAGCAAGUCCAAAGAGAUCUAAUGUGAUUUAUUACUGCAUUAUCACCAUGUAUUUAGAUAAAGUGUGAAAGGGAUUGCAAUAAUCCCUCUCACGUAGCAACUGCAGCAAUGAUGUAGAGGCAGUUUCACCUACUGUACAUUGUGGGAGGAUGAUGGACUGCUGCUUCCUGUUGUAUGAACUUAGUUAAGAUAGCUGAUUAAUGAAUCGCUCUUGAAUUUAACUCCAAGAAUAUCAUCUGGGAGACUUAUGUUCAACAUAAAUUUGAUCCAUGAACAUUAAGAAAAGCAAUUGUUCUUCUUUGGUUGGACAUAAAUCAAAUAAUAUAAAUCAAAAUGUUGCACA